AUGCGUUUCUCCGUUGCUUCUCUUGCCCUCCUGGCCGGCCUUGCCGCUGCCUCUCCUGUGGAGACUGUCUACACCACCGAGGACGUGACCAUCACUUCCUGCGCGCCCACUGUCACCAACUGCCCGGCUCGCAGCCACUCUGCUACUGCGGUUCCUUCCUCCCCGGCUGCCGUCACCUCUGCUCCUGCUGCCGUGACCACCAGCCCGGCUGCUCCUGCCGCCGGCAGCUCUGGCAGCUCCAGCGCCCCGGUGGCUCCUGCCCCGGUUGCCAGCUCCUCGGCUGUCUCCCCGGUCAGCAGCAGCGCUGCCGUUGUUCCUCCCUACCCGGUUUCCUCUGCUGCUCCUAGCGUCUCGGUCCUGACCCUGACCACCUGCGUCCCGACCGUGACCUACUCCACCAUCACUCUGUCUCCCUCUGCUGCUCCUACUGGUGCUGCUGGCGUUAAGCCCUCGUCCGUUGCUCCUGGCUCUCCUGCCGGCACUGGUGUCAGCCCUGCUGGUACCAGCCACGCUGUCCCGCCUGUCUUCACCGGUGCUGCUAGCAACGUCGGUGGCUCCAUGGUCCUUGCUGGUGCUGCUGCCGCCGCUGCCGUCCUCUUCGCUUAA